GGAUUUUCUUUUCUGUGAUCAUCACAUAUGGAUGCUUGUGAAUAUUUAAAGCCCGAGGUAUUCACAAAUGUACCUGGACCUCGUUCCAAAACUUUGAUAAAACAACUUAAUGAAGUUCAAGACUCAAGGAGAGUCAUAGUAUUUACAGAUAUGGAAAAGAGUCGUGGUUGCUAUCUUGUAGAUGCCGAUGGAAACGUUUUACUCGAUCUUUUCGGUCAAAUUGCAUCUCUUCCUUUGGGAUACAAUCAUCCUACACUACUUGAAGCUCUCAAAAGUCCAGAAUUCCCAUCAUACUUUGUACAGAGACCGGCUCUCGCAAUCUUCCCUCCAAUACAGUGGUACAAAGUUUUGAAAGAAGCUUUGUUAAGUGUAGCACCUAAAGGACUCUCAGAAGUGUUUACUUUUUGUAGUUGUGGAUCAGUUGCGAAUGAAAAUGCUUUCAAAGCUGCGUUCAUUUGGAAAGCUUCGAUAAUCAAAGGAAGAAAUACUCCUACUGAGGAAGAGUUGAAUAGCGCUAUCGGAAAUAGACAGCCAGGUGCACCCGAAAUGGCCAUACUGUCCUUUGAAAAAGCUCUUCAUGGUAGAACUUUGGGGGCUCUAUCGACAACACAUUCGAAAGGAAUUCAUAAAGUAGAUAUUCCAGCCUUUGCUUGGCCUAUUGCUCCCUUUCCUAAUCUUUUGUUUCCAUUGGACAAGCACAGAAUACAGAAUGAAUAUGAGGAAGAAUAUUGCUUGCAAAAGAUAGAAUACAUACUGCAGACUUCUGCUAUAACCAUUGCUGGAGUCAUAGUCGAACCAAUCCUUUCUGAAGGAGGGGAUUUAAUAGCCACUCCUUCUUUCUAUUGUAAAUUGAGGCAAUUAGCAGAAUUUUAUCAGAUUGCUUUUAUAGUGGACGAAGUGCAAACUGGCUGCGGUUCAACUGGAACGUUUUGGGCACAUGAACAGUGGCAACUCGAAAAUCCGCCAGAUAUUGUCACCUUUGGGAAGAAGAUGCAGGUGUCAGGGUUUUACACGAAAAUGGAAUUUCGACCCCCUCAACCGUCACGUAUUUCAAACACUUGGAUGGGCGAUCCUCUUCGUCUGUUGCUUUGUGAAAAAAUCAUAAAAGAAAUAGAGAGUAGGCAGUUGCUGGAGAGAGUCAGUAACGUUGGAGCCUUUAUUAGCCUUGGUUUGGAACAGCUAAGCGAAAGUUAUCCGGAAACAAUAUCCAAUGUCCGAGGAUUAGGAACCUUCCUUGCAUUUGAUAGUUCCACUGAGUCUAUCCGUGAUAUAAUUCUUACAAAAGCGAGAAACAAGGGUCUCCUUCUGGGAGAAUGCGGUAUAAAGACUGUUCGUCUUCGACCUCCUCUCAUUUUGCAGCUGAGAGAAGCCAAGGUUUUUCUCGAACUCCUUUCUCAAGUUUUAAAAACUAUAUCUUCGAAUUCAGACUAAAUCAUUCGAUAUGCGAAAGCUACCUUAUCUAUUCUUGAAACCUUUUACUCUAGAACUGCAGGAAAAGACAAUGCCUCCUAUAGCUCGAAAGGAAUCUUUUCUAUCACAAUAGAAGAAACGAGACGAACCGAUAUCCGCUUUUUGUUUCACCUAUUCCCUUUGCCUGCUUUGUCAAAGUUCAUUUGCACUUGAUAACUUUUCUGUUUUUUGGGGGUCACUUGUUACCACAAUCUAUAGCAAGGGAGACAAUACAAUCUGUUUCUUUGGACAACGGAAAUAGUUAUCUUUAGAAUCAUUAGGAUUUAAGUUUGAUAGGAUCGAUUCUUUUCUAUGCUUCUAGUUUGUCAACUCCGCUACUGUUGCAUCUCCCUACUAAGGUAGCUUUGAUAAUGCUGUGCAAUGCUUUGAUUGAUUGACUCAUCACUAGACUCUCGAGUGAAGCUCCUCGCGACUUGACUUUUCAGAGUGUGGCGCUUUAUAUUAUACUACUUUAUUCAGAUCACCGUUCUAAAAGCAUUCUUUUUAGAUUGUUCAUCUCAUUUUAACUAUCCAGCUACUUGUCCGCAGUUUUUAGACUUUUCUCAUUGAAUGAAUAGAAAGUUACUAUU